AUGAUACGGCUGUUCAUUCACCAUAGAAUACGACGACCGGGGGAGCAACCAGUGCCAUUCAGUCACAAGGGCACUGUAGUCUUGACGCCCACUGGACCAUCAUAUGCUCCUGCAAAUGCAUUCAGAGACCAACUCGCGACAUGGAUCGCUUCCACACCAGACACGCGCUACGAAAUUGCCCUUGAAACCGAUGGGGACCAAGACGAUUGGCCACGUUCCUCGGUCAAACUCUGCCACCUGACCAGCGCCUAUGAGGAAUAUCUCACUCUCCACAAGACCGUGUCUGGAGAUAUUUUCGCGCUAGACUACCACCUCGACUCGGUUCCCAAAUGGCGCAUGUCCCCAUACACCGUCGGCUAUGUAUAUUGCAAGUACGGAUGUCCAAGUCAAGUCCCCCACUCCGGCGUUUACGUCCCUCCUCCGAUGGGUGCGGAUGGCCAGCCGAUCAAACCAGUUUCGGAGCAAUCGUUUAUUCAAAAGUAUUGGAUGUACAUCGUCCCCGCUCUUAUCAUCCUUCUCGUUCUCCCGGCCGGCCCAGAGGAAGGCGCACCUCAGUGA